AUGACAACCACCACCUCCCCCCCCCUCGACCUCACCACUCUUCCAGGCCCCUACCCAACCACCACCUCCCCCAUGAUCUUCUCCUCCCCCUCCUACAACCUCCCCCAAAUCCGCACCCUCCACAAAUCACUCCACCAUGCCAUCGACGACAAGUCCUCCCGCCUGCGCACACAAGUCGGGGGCUCCUACCGAGAACUCUUGGGGACAGCCGACACCAUCGUCGCCAUGAAGUCCGAGAUCGAAGCCGUCCAUCAAACCCUCUCCGACAUGGGCUACAAGUGCGGCCGCGGCGUCGUCGGGCACAAGAUGGAUGCUCUCGGCAAAUUUACUUCCGCCACAAUGGGAGACAAAGCCGCCAGCGGGAGGGAGAGGCUACUAGCCGGCUGUCUAGGACAACUAGAUGCGAUUUUGAGGGUUAGAGAAAAAGCCAAAAGAGGUGAGAGGCUGGAGACGGGGGCGAGGUUGUUUGUUCUUGGACGGUUAUUACUUGCUGCUGCUGCUGGGGGACAGCAGCAGGGGAGUGAUGAGAAGGAAAUGGGGCGGAGGAGGAGGGUUUUGGAAAAGGGGCACAAAAUCAGACUGAUGGGCGGGAUAGAUGCUGAUUUGAGGAGGUAUCACAAGCCUGGGACGGGAGAUAAACAACAACGCGAGGCGACGUUGGUCAGGGCGCUCAGCGCCUAUGCUUUGGCUACCAGUUCUGGGGCGAGGGAUGUGCUGGGAUACUUUUUGAGGGUGAGAGGGGAGGCGAUUGCGCUUGCGCUCGAGGUGGACGAGGAGGAGAGGGUGGCGAGGAGCCCGGAGGAUGUGAUUAGGGCGUUGGGGCUGUAUACCCAGACGUUGCAGGACGUGCAGGCUUUGGUUCCGGGGAAGCUGGCUGAUGCGCUGUUGAGGCUGAAGAGGGAGAAGCUGCUUGAGAAUGAGGAGUUGCUGAAGAUGGAGGGGCUGAGGUUGGAUGUCUACAAAAGGUGGUGUGGGGAUGAGAUUCAGUUUUAUACCCCGUUCAUAAGACAUGAUGAUCUUGAUGGAAAGGCGGCGAGGGAGAUGCUUUUUGGGUGGGCGGAUAAAGGGAGGAAGGUUGUCUUGGAAGGGCUGGAGAACACACUCAAGGAGAUGGGGGAGUUCAAAGCCAUUGUUGAGCUGAGGACGGAGGUGCUCAAGCUGUGGAUUUCAGAAGGUGGCAAGGCCAGGGGCUUUGAUCCGUCGGAAGUGCUGGACGAGAUAAGGGAGGCUGUCAACAAGCAUAUGCUGAGAGUGCUGGAGCAAAAGGUGGCCAAGUUGAGGUUGGUUGGAUCAGAAGUGUCUGCUGCGGUGGAAGCAUGGAAGGAGGGGAGGAGUGAUCAGCAUGAGAGCCUGUGGGAUAUGGACUCGUACGAUACGGACUUGUCGAACGGGGCUGCCCAGUUCACUCAGCAUGUUGUGUCUAGGCUGUAUGGCCGGAAUGAUGAUGUGUCCAAAGCUGUGGCGAGCUACAAGUCUUGGUUCCGGGUCAUUGAUGAUGUUGGAACUGUUGUCGACCAACUGAAGCGGCAACGGUGGGAUAACGAUGUGGAUGAAAUUGAAGAUGAGGAAACCAUUGAGGAACGCCAGCAACUACUCGCCAAGGACGACCCGGCGGCUUUGGGCAAGCAUUUGAACGAGUCCCUGGUUAAGUCGUUCAAAAAGCUCGACGAAAAUCUCUCCACGCUCUGGAAGGAACAGCAAGAUAGUCCUGACAGAGGGCACAUCGCCAUGUACUUCUUGCGAGUUUUACGGGAUAUCCGGUCUCGGCUGCCCGAAAAUGCAGAGGUCAAGGGAUUCGGGUUGGAAGCGGUGCCGUCGCUUCACCAAGCGCUCGUGUCGACUGUGGCCAUCUCUCCGCUGGACGAGUUGGCCACAGUAGCUCUGGUGCGUAGGACUGUGGUAGGAAGAAGUCUCUGGGAGGGCGAGCCUGCUUUGCCCAGCUCCCCGUCACCGGGGGCGUUCAAAUUCCUGCGAAAUCUCGUGGGGGCCAUGGGUGAUGCAGGCGUUGAUCUCUGGAGUCCCACUGCUGUUUCUGUGCUCAAAGAAACUCUGCGAAAGCAGCUGUCCGAAGUGUGGUUGGAAACAGUCAGCAAGUUGACCGAGGGCCUUGAACCCGAGGUCCAGACCGAGACUGAAGAGACCCCAAAGCCUGAGGCCGAAGAAGGGGCCUCGGAUACGUCAGAUCCCAAAGAGGAAAGUCUUGAGAGAGAAGCUGCCAAGACCGAGGCUGUACCAGACAUCGUGCGGCACAGAGAUCUUUUGGUGCAGUGGCUCUACGACAUCUAUUAUCUCUCUUCCUUCCUCGGCACAGAUGACACAUUUAAGCAGCUCUCCGACGUCGUCCUCUCGAAAACAGACCUGGAACACAGCGCAACUGCCAAGCAACGGCUGCAAAAGACAUCGCAGGACUACUUCAAGCGCACCAGCCUGCUGUUUGGUCUUUUGUCGUCAUAA